CUACAUUAUUGCCAACAUAACUGGGUUUCUUCAGACGUAUAAACAGCGAUUCAAUGACCAUCUGCUCUCUACACAUAUCGGCCAGCAAAGCCACCCUGUUGUGGACGCCAUCAACACCAAGCUGUUAGCUGUGAGAAAUAAUGCAACAAAUGUUGAUCUGAACGGCUCUUUAAUCACGAUUCUUGAAGCUCUUCACCAAUACAAAAGCUACAUGAACCAUACUUACCGUAACGAGUUUGCGCGAACAUUAGGAGGCCGCACUAGCAGAAGGGGUGGUUCAAGGCAAUGGCGCCACACAAGAAAUAAGCGAAUGGUGAGGAAACGCACAUUACAUCGUCAAAUAAGCUCAUUGCUUAAUCGACACGUGACAUGGCUCAUUUGCAAAGUGUCUCUUUUUGCACAGCACCAGGGUGUGGAUUUGACUGAAGACGCUCUACGUGGUAUCCUGGAUAUCGAACACAAUACACAGUUGUCCCAGGCUCUAAAUGAUGCUUAUACUUACAUCAUAUUCAAGAAAGUGCACGAAGGACUCGGAAUCAUUAUGCUUUUCUUCAGAGAUACGAUGGAUAAUCGACAAACAGCAGCUGAUGGUGACUGAUUAAACAUCAUUCCAAGUGACCUGCAAUGAGAUGGUCGUGAAGUGUUGAAUAUGUCGACAAUGUCUCUGCAUGUUGGAAGUUAUUUACUUAUAAAGAUGUCAUCUUACACUAAUCUAAAUUCUUUUGUCGAUGUUAUAAGUUCUAAGAGUGUAAUGACAUCUAUCAUAAGUAAACUAAAACAGAGAAUAAUCUCUCAGUUUAUUUGUGUAAAGAAGAAUCCCCAUU